GCCACGCCCACACCCAGUGGCGAGCAGCACGCUUCCCCUCCUAUAGAAAACGUCCCCGGGACGAGACCCCGAGACCAGAAAUUCCCCACAGCAAAGCAAACCACAUCCUCUUCCCCUCCCCUCCCCUUCCCUGCUCGCGCUAGUUCACUGCCCGAAUCCAAAGCUCCCGGCUGCCCGCGUGGGGUGCUGUCGUUAGUUCGCGCUCGCCGGAGCUGGGAUCCGGCCGGGUUCUGGGCGGAAGGCCGGAUUUGGGGCCGGCCGGUUUCACCUCGUUCCAUUGUUUUCGCCGCCGCCAAGCUGCCCGUAGCCGUCCUCGUGAAAAGAAAUUGCUGGUUCGUUCGUAGCAGUUCAGAGUCUGAAAAAUGCAUCCCAAGGCUCGCAUCCACGCGGACCCGGCGGCUCCGGAGCUAGACCGGAUCGACUGCCUGCCGGACUCGCUCGUCCUGCUCAUCCUCAACAAGCUGGAGGACGUGCACUCGCUCGGCCGCUGCGCCGCCGUGUCCAAGCGCUUCAACGACCUGGUCCCGCUCGUCCACGACGUGUACGUCAAGAUCGACCGCGUCGUCGCCGUGGACGGCGACCCCGACGACGCGCUCAACCUGUCGUCCGCCAAGCCCCGGCACAUCUUCUCCCACCUCUUCAAGCUCAUGCUCUUCACCAUCGCCAAGCCGUUUCACGGCAUGCGCGGCCCGGGCGGCGCGGGCGGCAGGCCUCUGUUCCCGCGGCUCGCGCAGCACUCGCCCGUGCAGGUGCUGAGGGGCUUCUCCCACGUCCGGAACCUCCGGGUGGAGCUCCCCUCGGGGGACGUCGGGACGGAGGAGGGCGUCCUGCUCAAGUGGCGGGCCAGGUAUGGCAGCACGCUCCAGAGCUGCGUGAUCCUUGGCGGCACCCUGGUCGACCGCAAGCCCGCCGGGCACGAGCCGUCGGCGGAGGACGGCGGGAGCAUGCCGGAGUCCUUCUACACCAACGGCGGGCUGAAGCUCCGCGUGGUGUGGACCAUCAGCUCCCUGAUCGCCGCGUCGACGCGGCACUACCUCCUCCGGUCGAUCAUCAAGGAGCAUCCGACGCUGCGAAGCCUGGUGUUGGCGGACGCCGACGGGCAGGGGACGCUGUGCAUGGGGGCGGAGCAGCUCGCGGAGUUCAGGGAGAACCGGCUGUCGGCCUCGGCGUGCUCCAACAGGACGCAGGUCCCGGCGUGCAGCAUGAAGCUCAAGUACGCGCCGUACCUCGAGCUGCCCGGCGGCCUGGGGCUGCAGGGCGCGACCCUGGUCGUCAUCAAGCCCUCCGGCGAUGGGGCUGGUGGCUGUCACGUUGGCCGGAAGGAGACUGAUGCUUUUGUCUCGGGCGCGUUCGAUGGGCCUUUCAGGUUCGCGGCCAAGGCGCUGAUGAAGCGGCGCACCUAUCUGCUGGAGAUGAACGGGUUCUAGAUGCCGUUGAGGUGUUUGUGGAUGGACAUCUUGCUUUUGCAGUGCUUCUCAUGGACAACUGUUUUCUGCUCGGGCAAAUGCAGCUUCUGAAUUGUAGUGUUGCAUAUAAUCUGCUGCAUUACUAGUUGACAGAUGGGUUUACAUAUAUGCUCAUCAGCUCAUGGGCAGAGUGCUGGCGUCUUAUCUGUGGCGUUUGGGUGCAAUCUGUCUUGACUCUUGCUCGCACAAUCCACUCUUCCAAUAGUAAUGGAAAUUUCCGGAGAAUUA